AACACCCACAAAAAGAAUGUGCUGAAAGGCAAGUUCAAUGAGAGUAUAUGCAAGAUCUAGAGGAGCACGCUGAUUCUGGGCUGGCUGAAGAGCAACGGCUAGAGGCUGCAAGGAAAAGCCAAGAGGCAGUGCGCCGCACCGAAAAUAAGAUGUACGAGAAAGAGAUAUUGUCGGUUCAUAACAAUUUUCGAAAGGUUCACAAUGCUGGCAAGUUAAAGUUGGACCAGGACAUGUCCAAAGAGUCCGCUGCUUGGGCCCAAAAACUCGCUGAUGCUGGCAGCUUGAAGCACGAUCCGGAUACGAAGGACGGCGAAAACCUGUACAUGGCAUGUGUACCGAAGGGAAGGAAGUUACGCCCAUGGAAGAGUGUCGUUGCCUGGUACCGGGAGGUUUGUGACACAAAAUAUAAAUUUGAUUCUGAAAAUGGUGCACAGAAAGCGGGCCAUUUCACCCAGGUUGUAUGGAAGAGUUCUAAGGAUCUUGGAGUUGGCGUUGCAAUCAGAGAAAAGAAGCCAAAGUUGACCUGUGCCUUCGUUGUGACAAGGUACAGAAAUGCUGGCAACAUUCUCGGGCUAUUCACUGAAAAAGUUCAGAAAGGAAGCUUUGAUAGAAGUAUAUGCGAUAAGGUUAUAAACAUGGCAGAGAGUGCUGUGAAGGAGGUCGAUUCGAAUUUUGAGCAUGCCGAAGACCAGAUGUCUGAAGUUACAAAAACGCAAAUUGGAAAAUCAAAAGGGCGAAAAACUCAGAAACCUGAUGUCAAUGACAAGAAGGUUGACAAGGGUGAUCACCAGAAGAAGGAAUCGCAUAAUAGCACUGCACACGAAGAACAUGGAAAACAUGCUGUAUCAAAUAACAAUGGAGAGAGAAAAGAGGCUGGAGACAAACAAACGGGUAGAUGGGAAGGGUUAGGGAGUAAUGAUUCUGCGCUGAAUGGAUUCUUUGAUAAUCAGGGUGGACGUAAGAACAUCAGCAAUGCCUUAAAAGAUCUCAAAACGACUCCUUUGACUCAAGAACUUUUGAAAAUUUUAAAAAAGAAGUUGAUCAAGAGUUUGUACAAAAGUCAUGAGAUGAUAACCGAACUUGCAAAUGAAAAAGAGGCGAUGUUAAAGAAGAAAUUCAUGACCGAAAGUCUAUCAGCAUUAAACAAACUUCGACAGCUUCACAAUUCCAGUACUCUACGAGUGGACGAUGAAUUGUGUCGCAAGGCUGAUGAGUGGGCCUACGUGUUGUCAAGAAGAGGAAGUCUAGAUCAUGACCAGGAGACACAAGAUGGCGAGAGUCUUUACUAUUUCUGCCCCGUUGAAGGAAGCUCCAUCUCUGCGAAGGAUGCAAUCAGCACUUGGUACAAGGAAGGCUGUGAGCGUUUUUAUGACUUUAACAAAGAAGAUGGAAGUCAAGGAGCUGAUGACUUUACUCAAAUUAUUUGGAAAGGAACCAAAAGAUUUGGUAUCGGCUUUGCCAAUGUACAAAACGGAGACAAAGUAUGCUCUUAUAUCGUUGCAAGGUACAAACCAACAGGAAACGUUGCUGGUGCUUUCCGUGAUAAUGUGCAAACAACUGUGGACAAGAAGACAUGCAUUGAUCCAAGAGCUAUUUAUGAAGAGGCAAAAGUCAGAAAGAAUGUAGAUGAAAAAAUUCGAGAACCCGCAGACUUCACAAAACUCGAGCAGAAAGCACUUUCAAUCAACAAUGUGUUCAGAGACAUUCAUGGCAGCCCGAAGCUACAGUUAAAUCACACGCUUUGCCGCGAUGCAUUGGAGUGGGCUCGUAAUUUAGCAUCGACUGAAGAGCUCAAAUACGACAUGGCUACUAACGAAGGAGAAAAUAUUUACUCAACUUGCAGAGAUUAUGACACCGAUGUUCCUAUUCAACAGGCUUUUGUCCAUUGGUACAGAGAAGUCUGCGAUAAGGAAUUUGACUUUGAGAACGAUCAUGGAGCCCAGGGUGCAAGCCAGUUCACGCAGAUGGUUUGGAAAAACUCGAAUGACUUUGGCAUAGGCGUGGCAAAAGCACGCAGCAAGGAGGGGAAGUAUUGCACGUACAUUGUCGGGCGGUACUCAAAGCAAGGCAAUGUAGCGAAGCAAUACAAAGUGAAUGUACAGAAAGGAAAAUUUGAUAAGUCCAUGUGUGGGGCUGUGAAGGAGACAGCAAAUUCAGCUGCUAAUGAGUUCGAGCGAUCGUACAUUGGACGCAUUGGCUCAUAUCAAGGCUCUCAUCGUCGACCAGUUGACCAUCAGAUGAAGAAUUGGAAAGACACCAAAUACCAGCAAAACCAAACCCUUACGCUUAACAAGGCUGCACUUGGAUUGGAAAUCAUCCACAAAGUUGGGGAUCAUGUGAAAAGUUUCGUUAGGUUUCCUGGCUCGGUUUUCGUGUUGUCAAGAAUCCGAGAUGAAACUGAAUAUCAAGAUGAAGGUGUUAACGAUGAAGUGUACCCCGGUUAUACAGCCGGGUCUUACAACCCGGAUGUAGGCACUCGUUAUGAAUCCGGUCGCCUCUUUCACGGCUAUGAGCCUGACUAUACCGGUGCUAGGGAUAGUUACGGCCAAAACCCAAUGAUGGGCAGCACCACUUCGUUGGGUGACGGCUUUGCCGUUUCUGAACCGGGAAUGAAGGUGGAUCAGUGGAGGUUGAUGGAUGACGCCAAUAGGCCUCGUUUCAAUCCGGAUGAGAGGAAGAAAGCCACUUCUUUCGUAAAACUCAAUGAGGAGACCUUGGAACAAGGGAAGCAAAAGCAGCACCAGAACAUCAAGAAUGAUAAGCUUGGCAGUUCCUUGGCUGGUACCGUUGGUGCAGAAAAUCGGCAGGCCGACAGCAAAGCUGGCAGUGGAGGUUCGUUUGAAGACGGAGCACUUAAGGCCCAUAACAAGUUUCGAUCAGUUCAUGGCAGUCCAAAAAUGACAUUGGAUGACAGCAUGUCGAAGGAUGCUGAGGCAUAUGCAAAAGAGCUGGUCGAAAAGCAGAGUUUAGUGCACAGCCCUGACCUAAAAGAUGGCGAAAAUCUUGCAAUGAAAUGUACUAGCUCUGGCGAAGAAAUGACCGGUCAGGAAGCAACACUCAACUGGUACAAGGAAAUCUGUUCACCUGGCUACGUAUUUGGAAGCGAGCAGCCAGGAGGAGCUGGCCAUUUCACGCAGGUCGUUUGGAAGAAGAGCACCCAGCUGGGUAUUGGAAAGGCAGUUGGCAAAAAGAACGGCAUGACCUGUACAUAUAUCGUAGGAAGGUACCGACCGGCAGGGAAUUACAAGUCACAGUUUGCUGACAAUGUAGUGAAAGGGUCGUUCAAUGAAGGCAAGUGUUCGGAUCUUGAAAAAGACACCCAGGAUAUCGACUCUGAAACGGGCACAGGCACUGCGGCAUUGCAUAGUUAUUCUUCGAAUUCUGUUUCUAAGCAAAGCAGUGACAAGUUUUCGAAAGACCCAAUACAAAAGGGUGUUCCAAUCAUUAAGUUUAUUAAGGGUUCUCGAGGGAAAAAGAAGAAAGCAGUCAAGGGUAAAAAGAACUUGAAAGGUAAAUUUGGACGAAAGACAAAUAAACUUAGGCAAGGGACACAGAAAUUUGCUGAUAACGGCAAAGUUGGAUUCAAAGAUAUUUCAACGGGUGAUAGGAGUCAGAAAGAUGGAUCUGAUGAAGAAGAAGGCGAUAAGGAUGGAAAGAAAGAGGGCGAUAAGGCUGGAAAGGAAGAAGGCGAUAAGGCUGGAAAGAAAGAAGGCGAUAAGACUGGAAAGGAAAAAGGGGAUAAGGCUGGAGAUAAAGAAGGCGAUAAGGCUGGAGAUAAAGAAGGCGAUAAGGCUGGAAAGGAAGAGGGUGAUAAGGCUGGAGGUAAAGAAGACGAUAAGGCUGGAGAUAAAGAAGGCGAUAAGGCUGGAAAGGAAGAGGGGGAUAAGGCUGGAAAAGGGGAAGAUGAGAAGAAUGGAGACAAAGGAAAUGCUGGAAAUAGUACGGAAGGUGCUGAUGGAGCUGGAAACAAGGCAGCUGAGGAGGAUUCCGAGGGACUGUCAGAAGAACCAGGCAAUGACUCUGGUGAAGGUCCGGAAAAUUUCAAGGAAGAAGGAUUGGCCGCUCACAACACUUUCCGAAAGGUGCAUGGAACCCCUGCGUUGACAUUAGAUGAAGGGAUGUCAAAGGAGGCUGAGGCCUACGCGCAAUUGAUUGCGAAGGAGGGCAAGUUAUUUCAUUCAUCAUCAAAAGAUGGAGAAAAUCUCGCAAUGGGAUGCAAUACUAGGAAUUUGCAAGUCUCUGCAGCUGAGGCUGUUAAGGAUUGGUAUGGAGAGGUUUGUAAGCCAGGCUACAGCUUUAGUGGGACAAGUGCUGGUGCUGCAGGGCAUUUCACACAAGUUGUCUGGAAAGGAAGUUCUCAGCUUGGCAUUGGGGUGGCAACAGGCAAAAGUGCUACUGGCCUCUUCUGCACGUAUGUCGUUGCGAGGUAUCGGCCUCCGGGCAAUUUCAUUGGUGAAUACAAGGAGAAUGUUCCCAAAGGCGAAUUCAAUAAAGAUGUUUGCUCGAAGCUUGAUCAAAUGGCGCAAAACGCUACCAAAGGUCCAGGGGAUGAAGAAUCUCCUGAGGGGGAAUCACCAGAAGAGGAGAAGCCAGACGAAGAGCCAGAAGAAAAUGGCGACGCAGAGGAUGGAAAUGAAAAAGAAGACAAGCCUGAUGCGAAACCGGACGAAAAACCGAUCGAAAAACCAGAUGAUAAAAAGGAAGAAAAAGACAAAGAGAAAGAUGAAGAUAAAGACAAAGAGAAAGACGAAGAUAAAGAUAAAAAUGAAGAAUCGCCGGAUGAUUUUGGCGAUAAAGGACUUAAAGCCCAUAAUAUGUAUAGAAAGAUUCACAAAACACCGGAAAUGAAAUUGAAUGAAAAAAUGUCGAAAGAGGCAGAAGAGUAUGCAAAGAAAUUAGCAGAAGAGAAGAAAUUUCGACACUCAGAUUCGGAGGAUGGCGAAAAUUUGGCAAUGGGAUGUUCCAGUAAGGACGAGGAUCUCACCGCGGAGGAAGCCACUGAACACUGGUACAAGGAGGUAUGCAAGCCUGGAUAUCCAUUUGAUGGUUCAAGCAGCAGCAAGACUGGACACUUCACCCAGGUUGUUUGGAAAGACAGCAAAGAGCUCGGCAUUGGAAUGGCCAAAGGAAAAAGCGAAAGCGGCAUGUUUUGUACCUACGUAGUCGCACGAUACAGACCCCCAGGGAAUUACAGGGGCAAAUACAAGCAAAAUGUCGCAAAAGGAUCCUUCAAGAAAGACAUUUGUGACAAACUGUCUGAAAUGACGCAAAAAAUUUCAGAAGGUGGCGGUAGAGUGAAAGUAAAAACUGCGCUGUCAAAUGCAGUCACAAUAUCUACAGAUGAAAAGCUUGGGAAUGUAAAUUCUGCCUUUGCAGAAGGCGCUGGGGCCAAAGAUGGCGAGCAGGAAGGCAAAGGAGGAGCUGCUGAAGGUGGCAAUGAUGCAGGGGGCUCUAAUAAUAGCACAAGUGAAGGGGAAAAGUCUGAAAAGAAACCAGAUGAUGUUGGUGUAGGGGCAGAGGGAAAUCAAGGAUCGGAUGAUAUUGGGAUACAGGCAGGCGGUGAUGAAUCGAAAAAUAGCACAGGUGGGGCUGCUGGGGCUGGUAAGGACUCUGCAGGUGAUGCUGCAGGGGAUGGAAAUGGAGACAAGGGGGCUGGAGCUGGUGAAGGUGGUGAUGAUAAGGGAGGUGAGGGUGCAGGCAAUGCGGGUGGGGACGAAGAAGGCAAUAAAGAAGGGGAUAAGGAGAAAGGAUCUGAAGAUGGAAAAGCAAAUGAAGAGCAGGAGUCAGACAAAGGUACUUCUGAAUAUUCGAAGCAAGGCGCAGAUGCACACAAUAUUCUACGGAAAAUUCAUAAAACCCCGGAUGUGAAGAGUAACGAUAAGAUGGCAGAAGAAGCAGAAGCUUAUGCGAAGGAGCUUGCCGCUACGUUCAAAUUUGAGCAUUCGAAGUCAAAAGAUGGAGAAAAUUUGGCGAUGAGCUGCAGCAGCAAAAAAGGAAACGAACUAUCUGCUGCUGAUGCCACCAAGAUGUGGUACAAAGAGGUCUGUAAGCCCGGUUACAAUUUUAAAUCCGGCUCCUUCAGCUCGGGUACCGGUCACUUCACGCAAGUAGUUUGGAAAGGAACGAAAGAAAUUGGUCUUGGCCGGGCGUCAAACACCAAAGACAACGGAAUGGUGUGUACUUAUGUGGUUGGAAGAUACCGACCGGCCGGUAAUUUUAUGGGAAAGUUCCAGGAAAAUGUGCUUGAAGGAACGUAUUCAAAUAGCAUUUGCGAUAAACUGGAUGAAAUGAUGGCAAAAGUAGAUAACGGUGGGUCUAAAUCUGGAAAUGGAAAGAAAAUUAGUUUGGGAAACAAACUUCUCAAAGGCAUCAGGAACUUCAAAACCGGAUAUCCACAGUUGAAAUAUGGUGGCAAAAAGACCGAAAAAGGAGUAAAAUCCGGAGGAAAAGGAAAAUCAUUUUCAUUUGUAACAACAGAGGAAUCCAAAAACGAUAAAAGCUUUGAGAAAGGGAGCAGAAAUUCAGGAACGGGGAAAUUUAACAAAGAACCAUCUACAAAAAAAUUUGCUGAUGAUUCUGGCAAAGAUGCGGGGGGAUCGGGAGGAGGAAGCUUCGCUGAAAAUGGUUUAAAAGCUCACAAUAUGUUCAGAAAGAUUCAUGGGGCACCAGAGAUGAAACUGGAUGAGAAGAUGUCGAAAGAAGCGGAAGACUAUGCAAAGAAACUGGCUGACAUGGGAACAUUGCAACACGCCGAUACUGACUAUGGAGAGAAUCUUGCAAUGAAAUGUUCCAGUCAGAAGGGAGAAGAAAUGACUGCAGAGGAAGCUACCAAAAACUGGUACGCCGAAGUUUGUCAACCUGGAUAUAGUUUCGGUUCAGAGAGUGGCGGAGGAGCUGGUCAUUUUACUCAAGUUGUUUGGAAAGGCAGCACCGUUCUUGGAAUUGGCAAAGCAAAUGCUGAAAAGAACGGAAUGUAUUGCACGUAUGUAGUCGGAAGAUACGAAAAGGCAGGCAACUUCAUUGGAAAGUACAAAGAAAAUGUGGAGAAAGGAUCAUUUAGCCAAGAUAUGUGCCAAAAAUUAGAUGACAUGAUUUCUGAUAUUGGAUCUGGUGGAGAUGGUGGCGAUAAGAAGGGCCAAAAAGGUGCAGCUUCUAAUGGGCAGAAAGGGAAAGGGUUCGAUGAAGGAGCAGGGGAUGACUCGGGGAAAGGGGAUGACUCGGGAGCUGGCGGUGAUUCAGGAAAAGGAGGUGACUCCAGUGGCGGUAAUGGGUCACCAGGAAGUUUUUCAGAGAGGGGUUUGAAAGCCCACAAUAUGUUCAGGAAGAUUCACGGCGCACCAGAGAUGAAACUUGAUGAGAAGAUGUCGAAAGAGGCGGAAGAAUAUGCAAAGAAACUGGCUGAUAUGGGGACGUUGCAACACGCCAAUACUGACUAUGGAGAGAAUCUGGCAAUGAAAUGUUCCAGUCAGAAAGGAGACGAGAUGACUGCAGAGGAAGCUACCAAAAACUGGUACGAAGAAGUUUGUAAACCUGGAUAUAGUUUUGGUUCCGAGGGAGGAGGGGGUGCUGGCCAUUUUACUCAAGUUGUUUGGAAAGGCAGCACCGUUCUUGGAAUUGGCAAGGCUGAUGCUGAAAAGAACGGAAUGUAUUGCACAUAUGUAGUUGGAAGAUACAAAAAGGCAGGCAACUUCAUUGGAAAGUUUAAAGAAAAUGUGGAGAAAGGAUCAUUUAGCCAAGACAUUUGCGGAAAACUUGAUGAAAUGAUUGCACCAAUAGCAUCGGGUGGUGAAGGUGGUGACAAAGAUGGAGGCAACGGAGGUGACAAUCCAGAUGGGGGUCAAGGGGGUGAUGAUCAAGGGGAGAAUGGAGAUGGACAGAAUGGUGCGGAUUCAGGAAAAGACGAUGGAGGAAAGGAUGAUGGAGGAAAAGACGAUGGAGGAAAGGACAAGGGGAACUCUGAUGGAGGUGGGGAAGGCGGAGGAAGCUUCGCAGACAGGGGUUUGAAGGCCCACAAUAUGUUCAGGAAGAUUCACGGGGCACCAGAGAUGAAACUUGACGAGAAGAUGUCGAAAGAAGCGGAAGAAUAUGCAAAGAAACUGGCUGACAUGGGAACAUUGCAACAUGCCAAUACUGACUAUGGAGAGAAUCUUGCAAUGAAAUGUUCCAGUCAGAAAGAAGACGAAAUGACUGCAGAAGAAGCUACCAAAAACUGGUAUGAAGAAGUUUGUAAACCUGGAUAUAGUUUUGGCUCGGAGGGAGGUGGAGGAGCUGGCCAUUUUACUCAAGUUGUUUGGAAAGGCAGCACCGUUCUUGGAAUUGGCAAGGCUGAUGCCGAAAAGAACGGAAUGUAUUGCACAUAUGUAGUUGGAAGGUACAAAAAGGCAGGCAACUUCAUUGGAAAGUACAAAGAAAAUGUAGAGAAAGGAUCAUUUAGCCAAGAUAUGUGCCAAAAACUCGAGGAGAUGAUCGCACCCAUUGGAAAUGGUAACAGUAAAGCCAAACACUCUUCUGGAAAAGGAAAACAUUUUGCCAAGAGCAACGGCACAAUCACGCUUGGUGAAGCUUUAAAUGAAAAGUCUAGAAAUAUUUUGAAGAACGGAAAAGCAACUGGUGCAGUUGAGGGGUUUUCGUCAGAAUACAAAAGCUCAAGUAAGAAAAUCACAGACAGCAAACUUCAAGGGAAGAAGGCAAAAUAUUUUGCCUCUGAUGACAAAGGUGGUGAAUCUGGAGGAGGAAGCUUCGCUGAAAACGGCUUAAAAGCCCAUAACAUGUUCAGAAAGAUUCACGGCGCACCAGAGAUGAAACUUGACGAGAAGAUGUCGAAAGAAGCGGAAGAAUAUGCAAAGAAACUGGCUGACAUGGGAACAUUGCAACACGCCGAUACUGACUACGGAGAGAAUCUUGCAAUGAAAUGUUCCAGUGAGAAGGGAGAAGAAAUGACUGCAGAGGAAGCUACCAAAAACUGGUAUGCUGAGGUUUGUCAACCUGGAUAUAGUUUCGGUUCAGAGAGUGGCGGAGGAGCUGGUCAUUUUACUCAAGUUGUUUGGAAAGGCAGCACCGUUCUUGGAAUUGGCAAAGCAAAUGCUGAAAAGAACGGAAUGUAUUGCACGUAUGUAGUUGGAAGGUACGAAAAGGCAGGCAACUUCAUUGGAAAGUACAAAGAAAAUGUGGAGAAAGGAUCAUUUAGCCAAGAUAUGUGCCAAAAAUUAGAUGACAUGAUUUCUGAUAUUGGAUCUGGAGGAGAUGGUGGUGAUCAGAAAGGCAAAGCUGGUGCAGCGAACAAUGGAGAGAAAGGUAAAGGUUUCGCUGAAGGGGAUGACUCGGGAAAAGGGGAUGACUCAGGAAAAGGGGAUGACUCGGGAAAAGGGGAUGACUCAGGAAAAGGAGAUGACUCGGGCGGAGACGGGUCAUCAGGAAGCUUCGCUGAGAAUGGUUUGAAAGCUCACAAUAUGUUCAGAAAGACUCAUGGUGCACCAGAGAUGAAACUUGACGAGAAAAUGUCGAAAGAAGCGGAAGAGUAUGCGAAGAAACUGGCUGAUAUGGGAACAUUGCAACACGCCGAUACUGACUAUGGAGAGAAUCUUGCAAUGAAAUGUUCCAGUGAGAAGGGAGAAGAAAUGACCGCAGAGGAAGCUACCAAAAACUGGUACGCCGAGGUUUGUCAACCUGGUUAUAGUUUCGGUUCAGAGAGUGGCGGAGGAGCUGGUCAUUUUACUCAAGUUGUUUGGAAAGGCAGCACUGUUCUUGGAAUUGGCAAAGCAAAUGCUGAAAAGAACGGAAUGUAUUGUACAUAUGUAGUUGGAAGGUACGAAAAGGCAGGCAACUUCAUUGGAAAGUACAAAGAAAAUGUGGAGAAAGGAUCAUUUAGCCAAGAUAUGUGCCAAAAAUUAGAUGACAUGAUUUCUGAUAUUGGAUCUGGUGGCAGUAAAAGCAAGCACACGUCUGGAAAAGGAAAACAUUUUGGCAAGACAAAUGCCAAAAUUACGCUUGGUGAAGCCUCAGACGACAAGUCUAGAAAUAUUUUGAAGAACAGAAAAUCAACUGGUUCAAUUGAAGGGUAUUCAUCAGAAUACAAAAGCUCAAGUAAGAAAAUUACAGACAGCAAACUUCAAGGGAAGAAGACAAAAUUUUUUGGCUCUGAUGGCAAAGGCGGUGAAUCUGGAGGAGGAAGCUUUGCUGAAAACGGCUUAAAAGCCCACAACAUGUUCAGGAAGAUUCACGGCGCACCAGAGAUGAAACUUGACGAGAAAAUUUCGAAAGAAGCGGAAGAAUAUGCAAAGAAACUGGCUGACAUGGGAACAUUGCAGCACGCCAAUACUGACUAUGGAGAGAAUCUUGCAAUGAAAUGUUCCAGUGAGAAGGGGGAAGAAAUGACUGCAGAGGAAGCUACCAAAAACUGGUACGCUGAGGUUUGUCAACCUGGAUAUAGUUUCGGUUCAGAGAGUGGCGGAGGAGCUGGUCAUUUUACUCAAGUUGUUUGGAAGGGCAGCACUGUUCUUGGAAUUGGCAAAGCAAAUGCUGAAAAGAACGGAAUGUAUUGCACGUAUGUAGUUGGAAGAUACGAAAAGGCAGGCAACUUUAUUGGAAAGUACAAAGAAAAUGUGGAGAAAGGAUCAUUUAGCCAAGAUAUGUGCCAAAAACUUGAUGACAUGAUUUCUGAUAUUGGAUCUGGAGGAGAUGGUGGUGAUCAGAAAGGCAAAGCUGGUGCGGCGAACAAUGGAGAGAAAGGAAAAGGGUUCGCUGAAGGGGAUGACUCGGGAAAAGGGGAUGACUCGGGAAAAGGGGAUGACUCAGGAAAAGGAGAUGACUCAGGAAAAGGGGAUGACUCGGGCGGAGACGGGUCAUCAGGAAGCUUCGCUGAGAAUGGUUUGAAAGCUCACAAUAUGUUCAGAAAGACUCAUGGUGCACCAGAGAUGAAACUUGACGAGAAAAUGUCGAAAGAAGCGGAAGAAUAUGCAAAGAAACUGGCUGACAUGGGAACAUUGCAACACGCCGAUACCGACUAUGGAGAGAAUCUUGCAAUGAAAUGUUCCAGUGAGAAAGGAGAAGAAAUGACCGCAGAGGAAGCUACCAAAAACUGGUAUGCUGAGGUUUGUCAACCUGGUUAUAGUUUCGGUUCAGAGAGUGGCGGAGGAGCUGGUCAUUUUACUCAAGUUGUUUGGAAGGGCAGCACCGUUCUUGGAAUUGGCAAAGCAAAUGCUGAAAAGAACGGAAUGUAUUGCACGUAUGUAGUUGGAAGAUACGAAAAGGCAGGCAACUUCAUUGGAAAGUACAAAGAAAAUGUGGAGAAAGGAUCAUUUAGCCAAGAUAUGUGCCAAAAAUUGGAUGACAUGAUCUCUGAUAUUGGAUCAGGCGGUAGUAAAGGCAAGCACUCUUCUGGAAAGGGGAAGAAGUUUGCCAAGUCCAAUGCAACAAUUACGCUUGGUGAAGUUUCAAAUGAAAAAUCUAAAAAUAUUUUGAAGAACGGAAAAGCAACUGGUGCAGUUGAGGGGUUUUCUUCAGAAUACAAAAGUUCAAGUAAGAAAAUCACAGACAGCAAACUUCAAGGAAAGAAGACAAAACAUUUUGCCUCUGAUGACAAAGGCGGUGAAUCUGGAGGAGGAAGCUUCGCUGAAAACGGCUUAAAAGCCCAUAACAUGUUCAGGAAGAUUCACGGCGCACCAGAGAUGAAACUUGACGAGAAGAUGUCGAAAGAAGCGGAAGAAUAUGCAAAGAAACUGGCUGACAUGGGGACAUUGCAACACGCCAAUACUGACUAUGGAGAGAAUCUUGCAAUGAAAUGUUCCAGUCAGAAGGGAGAAGAAAUGACUGCGGAAGAGGCUACCAAAAACUGGUACGCCGAGGUUUGUCAACCUGGUUAUAGUUUUGGUUCGGAGAGUGGCGGAGGAGCUGGUCAUUUUACUCAAGUUGUUUGGAAGGGCAGCACUGUUCUUGGAAUUGGCAAAGCAAAUGCUGAAAAGAACGGAAUGUAUUGCACGUAUGUAGUUGGAAGAUACGAAAAGGCAGGCAACUUUAUUGGAAAGUACAAAGAGAAUGUGGAGAAAGGAUCAUUUAGCCAAGAUAUGUGCCAAAAAUUGGAUGACAUGAUCUCUGAUAUUGGAUCAGGCGGUAGUAAAGGCAAGCACUCUUCUGGAAAGGGGAAGAAGUUUGCCAAGUCCAAUGCAACAAUUACGCUUGGUGAAGUUUCAAAUGAAAAAUCUAAAAAUAUUUUGAAGAACGGAAAAGCAACUGGUGCAGUUGAGGGGUUUUCUUCAGAAUACAAAAGUUCAAGUAAGAAAAUCACAGACAGCAAACUUCAAGGAAAGAAGACAAAACAUUUUGCCUCUGAUGACAAAGGCGGUGAAUCUGGAGGAGGAAGCUUCGCUGAAAAUGGUUUGAAAGCUCACAAUAUGUUCAGGAAGAUUCACGGUGCGCCAGAGAUGAAAUUGGACGAGAAGAUGUCGAAAGAAGCGGAAGAAUAUGCAAAGAAACUGGCUGACAUGGGGACAUUGCAACACGCCAAUACUGACUAUGGAGAGAAUCUUGCAAUGAAAUGUUCCAGUCAGAAGGGAGAAGAAAUGACUGCAGAGGAAGCUACCAAAAACUGGUAUGCUGAAGUUUGUCAACCUGGUUAUAGUUUCGGUUCAGAGAGUGGCGGAGGAGCUGGUCAUUUUACUCAAGUUGUUUGGAAGGGCAGCACUGUUCUUGGAAUUGGCAAAGCAAAUGCUGAAAAGAACGGAAUGUAUUGUACAUAUGUAGUUGGAAGAUACGAAAAGGCAGGCAACUUCAUUGGAAAGUACAAAGAAAAUGUGGAGAAAGGAUCAUUUAGCCAAGACAUGUGCCAAAAAUUGGAUGACAUGAUUUCUGAUAUUGGAUCGGGUGGUGAUAGCGGAGACAAGGAUGGAAGCGAUGCGGAAGGCGAUGGAGACAAAGGGAAUGAAGGAAAGGGACAAGAAGGACAGGAUGGGGCAGAUUCUGAAAAGGAUGGGGGAAAGGAUGAUGGAGGAAAGGACAAGGGGAACUCUGAGGGAGACGGGGGCGGUGGAGGAAGCUUCGCAGACAGGGGUUUAAAAGCCCACAAUAUGUUCAGGAAAAUUCACAGUGCGCCAGAGAUGAAACUUGAUGACAAAAUGUCGAAAGAAGCGGAAGAAUAUGCAAAGAAACUGGCUGACAUGGGAACAUUGCAACACGCCGAUACUGACUAUGGAGAGAAUCUUGCAAUGAAAUGCUCCAGUCAGAAGGGAGAAGGAAUGACUGCAGAGGAAGCUACCAAAAACUGGUACGAGGAAGUUUGUCAACCUGGAUAUAGUUUCGGUUCAGAGGGUGGCGGAGGAGCUGGUCAUUUUACUCAAGUUGUUUGGAAAGGCAGCACUGUUCUUGGAAUUGGCAAAGGAAAUGCUGAAAAGAACGGAAUGUAUUGCACAUAUGUAGUUGGAAGAUACAAAAAGGCAGGCAACUUUAUUGGAAAGUACAAAGAAAAUGUGGAGAAAGGAUCAUUUAGCCAAGAUAUGUGCCAAAAAUUAGAUGACAUGAUUGCACCCAUCGGAUCUGGUGAUUCCGAAAGAAAGGUUGUGUCGGUAAACAAAAACAGGGAAACUACCAAAAGCUGGGGAAACAGAAAUGGCAGAAAUCGAGGUGGAAGGGGAAGCAGAGGUCGCUGGGGAGGAGGCAGACAACGUGGAAGCCAGAACAGAGGAGGAGGAGGUCGGCAAGGCCAGCGUGGCCGGCAAGGUCAAGGUGGCCAGCAAGGUCAAGGUGGUGCGUCAAGAGGUGGAGGAGCAACUCUUAGUCGAGACGCAUUUCAAAAAGGAGGACUAAUCGCUCACAACAAAUUCCGCAAAAUACAUGGGACAAAGCCUAUGAAGUUGAAUGGACAAAUGUGCAACGAAGCCGAGGCGUAUGCGAAAAAACUCGCACAAAGAGGAGGGCUUAAGCAUGCUGACGUGAAGGAUGGCGAGAACCUGGCUUACGGUUGUAGCAGCGCACCAGAUGGGGGCUUGAGUGGAGCAGAGGCUACAAAAAGAUGGUAUAACGAAGUUUGUACAAAUAACUACCAAUUCACCAAUUCAGCCCCAUGGUCUACCCUUCAUUUCACGCAAGUUGUUUGGGGAAGCUCAUUGGAACUUGGCAUUGGCAUGGCAACAAGCAAGAAAAAUGGUAUGACAUGUACGUACGUGGUAGGUCGGUACAGACCAGCAGGUAACAUGGGAGGACAAUACCAAAUGAAUGUACCAAAGGGAUCGUUUACGAAAAAUGUCUGUUCCUCUUUGGAUAAGCUGGUUAAAGAAAUAGAGGAUUCUGCUGCAGGUUCAGCUGCUCCUAGUGUUAAAAAGCCAUCUGGUGGGAGCAGCAAGCUCACUGCUGGAGCAGCCGGUGGAUCGAAAGGCGAAACCGAGGCUGAUUCCAAUAAAAGCGCUGGUUCAGUUGGAAGUAAUUCCCGGGGGACCGGAUUUCAGCAAGCCGGGCUCCUUGCACAUAACAAAUUUCGAAAGAUUCACGGUACAUCAAACAUUAAGCUGAACACUAAAAUGUGCAGUGAAGCAGAAGAAUAUGCAAAGGUGUUGGCUCGGAAAGGCUCGUUGCAGCAUGCUCGUGUGAAAGAUGGUGAAAACCUGGCUUAUGGCUGCACUAGUGGGCCUGGAAAGGGGCUAAGUGGGUCAGAGGCGACUAAAAACUGGUAUAAAGAAGUUUGCUCGCCAGGGUAUAUGUUCGGAAAUUCUGCGCCGUCAGGAACGCUUCAUUUUACCCAGGUAGUCUGGGAAGGUUCCAAAGAAUUAGGGAUUGGCAUGGCAACAGGAAAGAAAGGUGGAAUGACGUGCACUUAUGUUGUUGCCAGGUAUAGGCCUGCUGGGAAUUUUGCUGGGCAAUAUCGAAAGAACGUUCCAAAGGGCUCUUUUACUGGAAAUUUGUGCAAAAACCUAAACAGUAUUAUCAAGGGUAUUGAGGAUGGCAAAAGAGAGCUCGAUUUGAUUCAUAUGGAUGAUAAAUUUGGUGAGGAAAAGGUUGAAAAGUACGAUAGAAAUCAUGGUAGACAAUUUCACUCUGAGCCGCCAAUUGAUAAAUCUUUGCAUGGGGAUCAUAAUGAAGGAAGAGGCCUAGGGCAAGGGAGUGUCGACAAGAUCAAGUCAGCAAAAGGAAAUUCAAAGAAUAUUGGCAAUAAAAAGAAGAUGGAAAAUGUUGCCGAAAAUGUAAUUCACCUAGACGAGAAAGAGGAUAACUCAGAAGAGGCAGAAAAACUGAUAAACAAAGAUAAGGAGAAGAAUCGCAAAGAAACUAAAAAGGUGAACAAACAGGGUAAAGCAGAGAAGCAGAAUAAAAGUAUUCAAAUUGAUGGAAACAAAGAUCUAGGUUCAGGAAUAAACCAAGCUGACGACAUGGAAUUCUCAGCCGGCACACCGUUAUCCAGAAAUGCAACGAAAUCUUCCAAGAAGCCGGCAUCUGUUGCUUACAAAUUUCGUACGCAUUAUGAUGCAACUCCUUCGCAGCGCCAAGUUGAUAGUACAAGUGUUGAUUUUGAGCAGAAGGGACUGUCAGCCCAUAAUGCAUUUAGAAAAAUUCAUGGAGUAGCUGCCAUGGUCCUCGAUGCUCAGCUAUCGAAAGAAGCAGCACAGUAUGCAAAAGUGAUUGCUCAGAAAGGCUCUCUGAUCCACUCAAAAUCAGGGGGGAGAUACGGAGAGAACCUGGCAAUGGGCUGUACAAGCAAAAACGAAGAAAUGUCAGCAGAAGAGGCUAUAAAGAACUGGUACCAGGAGGUGUGCCAACCAGGAUACAGCUUUGACGGCACACAAGGGAAUGGAGUGGGGCAUUUUACUCAAGUUAUUUGGGCAGGCAGUAAACAGCUUGGAAUAGGAAGGGCGAGUGCAAAGAAAAAACAGGGUAUGUUUGAUAUGACCUGUACAUACAUCGUUGGGAGAUACAAGCCAGCAGGAAAUAUGGUUGGCUCGUUCAAAGAAAACGUGCCCAAAGGCUCUUUUACCAAAGAAGUUUGUGAUAAAUUAGAUGAAAUGAUUCAGGAAAUAAAAGAAAGUGGUAAGCAAGGAGCAGAAGGACCUGAAAGGGGAGGUGGAGCUGGAGCUAGUGGUACUUCAGCUGGUAGCUCGAGUGCCGCAGCUAUUGGUGGUGGAGCCGGUGGUGGACUUGGUGGUGGAGCAGGUGGUGGAGCCGGUGGUGGAGCCGGUGGUGGAGCCGCUGGUGGAGCCGGUGGUGGUAGAGGCAGUGGUGAUGGUAGAGCUGGUGGUGGUAGAGGCAGUGGUGGUGCUGGAGCUGGAGGUGCUAGAGGCAGUGAUGGUGCUGGAGCUGGUGGUGGUGGAGCUGGUGGUGGUGGAGCUGGUGGUGGUGGUAGAGCUGGUGGUGGUGGUAGAGCUGGUGGUGGUGGUAGAGCUGGUGGUGGAGCUGGUAGUGGUAGAGGCAGUGCUGGAGCUGGUGGUGGUGGAGCUGGUGGAGGUAGAGGCAGUGGUGGUGGUGGAGCCGGUGGUGCUGGAGCUGGUGGUGCUGGAGCUGGUGGUGGUGCUGGAGCUGGAGCUGGAGCUGAUAGUGGUAGAGGCAGUGGUGGUGCUGGAGCUAGUGCUGGAGCUAGUGCUGGUGCUGCAGCUGGUGCUGGAGCUGGUGCUGGAGCUGGAGCUGAUGCUGAAGCUGGUGCUGGAGCUGGUAGUGGUAGAGGCAGUGGUGGUGCUGGAGCUGGUGGUGGUGGAGCUGGUGGAGAUAGAGGCAGUGGUGGUGGUGGAGCCGGUGGUGCUGGAGCUGGUGGUGGUGCUGGAGCUGGAGCUGGUGGUGCUGGAGCUGGAGCUGGUGGAGCUGGGGCUGGUGGAGCUGGAGCUGGUGGAGCUGGAGCUGGUGGAGCUGGAGCUGGUGGAGCUGGUGGAGCUGGAGCUAGUGAGGCUGGAGCUGGUGCAGCUGAAGGUAGAGGUAAUGCAGCUGGUGGAGCUGGUGGAACAAAUGGCGGUGCAGGUGCCAAUGGAGGUGAUGAUGGUAGUGUUGGUGGAUCUACUGGAGGUGAUGGAGCUGCUGGAGGUAGUGGAGCUGCUGGAGGUGAUGGAGCUGCUGGAGGUGGUGGAGCAGCUGGAGGUGGUGGAGCUGCUGAAGGUGGUGGAGCAGCUGGAGGUGGUGGAGCUGCUGAAGGUGAUGGAGCUGCUGGAGGUGGUGGAGCUGCUGAAGGUGAUGGAGCUGCUGAAGGUGGUGGAGCGGCUGAAGGUGGUGGAGCUGCUGGAGGCGGUGGAGCUGCUGGAGGCAGUGGAGUUGCUGGAGGUGGUGGAGCUGCUGGAGGUGGUGGAGCUGCCGAAGGUGGUGGAGCUGCUGAAGGUAAUGGAGCUGCUGGAGGUGGUGGAGCUGCUGAAGGUGAUGGAGCUGCUGGAGGUGGUGGAGCUGCUGGAGGUGGUGGAGCGGCUGAAGGUGGUGGAGCGGCUGAAGGUGGUGGAGCUGCUGGAGGCGGUGGAGCUGCUGGAGGCAGUGGAGUUGCUGGAGGUGGUGGAGCUGCUGGAGGUGGUGGAGCUGCAGAAGGUGGUGGAGCUACUGAAGGUGAUGGAGCUGCUGAAGGUGAUGGAGCUGCUGGAGGUGGUGGAGCUGCUGAAGGUGAUAGAGCUGCUGGAGGUGGUGGAGCUGCAGAAGGUGGUGGAGCUGCUGAAGGUGAUGGAGCAGCUGGAGGUGGUGGAGCAGCUGGAGCUGGCGGAGGUGCUGGAGGUGAUGGAAUUAUUGGGGGUGGUGGUGGCGUUGGAGGAGCUGGUGAUGGUAGUGGUGUAGCUGGAGGUGGCGGAGCUGCUGGAGCUGCUGGCCUUGGUGUAGGAGGUGUUAAUGGUGUUGGGUCAGCAGGACAAGGAGGCGGAGCAGGCAAUGGAGCUGGAAUGGCUGAUGGUAAUACAGUAUCAGGAGGACUUAUUGGAGCAGGUGGUGGUGCUGGUUCAGGAGGUCUAAUUGGAGGUGGUGAUGGUGCUGGAGCUGGAACAGGUAGCCUAACUGGAGGAGGUGGUAAAGGGACAGGUGCUACUGGUAGUGCUGUUGGAGGAGCAGGAUUGGGAUCUGUUGCUGGUGCUGCCGGUGGUGCUAUAGCAGGUUCUCUCGCUGGAGCUGCUGCUGGUGCUGCGGCAGAGGCUAGUAGCGGAACAAAUGGUCCUCUUGGGGUAGGAGGUGGUGCAGGGGCAGGAACUGGUACAACUGGGACUGCUGCUAAUAGUGCUGAAAAUUUGGUUUCACCUGGCCUUGGAAUUGGAAAUGAGGAUCUGGAGAACGUUGCAGGCCAAGUAGGGGCAACAGGCAAUUCUUUAGGUGCAGCAGCACAGGGAAAGGGAAAACAAAUUAAAGCCCCAGAACAAAGUGAGACUCAACUAUCAAUCGAUGGAGAAGUCCAGAUUGAUACAGGGAAACCUGUAAAGUCUAUACCGGCAGCGGAAGGUGCAAAUGCAAUAGAGAAGAAACCACAAGAGGAGUUUUCGAUGGCAAGUGAACCACAAGAAGAAGGCAAGGGUAAUGAAGGGAUGCAACAGCAAAGUGAUAAUCCAAAGGCUGGAGUUCUGCCUUUUGAUGAGGCUGGCCUAAGAGCCCAUAACAUUUUCAGAAAGAUUCAUGAAGCACCUCCCAUGAAACUGGAUCCGCAGAUGUCUCAAGAAGCGACUGAAUAUGCUGACGUCAUCGCUGCUAAAGGAAAUCUACGACAUUCAUCUACUAACGAUGGUGAAAAUUUAGCUAUGGGAUGCACUUCAGGAACCAAUGAAAUGUCUGCAGAAGAGGCAGUGAAAAACUGGUACCGCGAAGUGUGUGAUUCGAAGUACAACUUUGAGACUGGUGACUUCAGUAUGGAGUCGGGGCAUUUCACUCAAUUGGUAUGGAAAGGCAGCAUUGCCCUAGGCAUUGGCAAGGCAGUUGUGCCGAAAGGCAGCAUGAAGUGCACUUACAUCGUUGCCCGGUACCGUGCUCCUGGAAAUUAUAUGGGAAAAUUUCAACAAGAAGUUACAAAGGGAUCGUUUGACCCAACAAUGUGCAGUAGACUGGAUGAUAUGCUUAAGGAAUUGUCAAAUGCCCCAGGAGCAGGGAUGCCACCGAUGGGUGGUCCGGUGAAAAACCCCUCCGUGGCUAAACCCUCUUUUAGAGCCCCUGAUGCCAAAGGGAAAACGACCUUUGAGCUGGAAGCUUUGUCCGCCCACAAUCGCUACAGGGACAUUCAUGAUGCACCAGCCAUGAAACUGAACAAGCAGCUCUCAAUGCAAGCCCAGGCAUACGCAGAAUACCUUGCAAAGACUGGCAAGUUUGAGCAUUCACAAGAUAGCACAGAUGGGGAGAACUUGGCCAUGAAAUGCUUUGGUGGUACCGAGAAGGAGCCGGAUGGUGUUUUUGCGACAACACUCUGGUACGAGGAGGUUUGCAAACCCGGGUAUGACUUUGAAGAUGGAAAGUUCACAAUGACGACCGGACACUUCACACAGGUCGUCUGGUCGUCUAGUAGACAGCUCGGCAUAGGAAAGGCGACUGGAAGUCAUGACGGAGUUCCUUGUACUUACAUCGUAGCCCGGUACAAACCUGCCGGAAACUUUGAGGGACAAUUCCAAACCGAGGUCAAACGUGGUUCAUUCACGAAAGAGGUUUGUAAGGGUUUGGCAACUAAACGAAGCAAUUUUCCUUUGAAACAAAGACGAAGGAAGAACUGGAAGACGUUGAGUAAAAGCCGAGUUACUCCUUGUGUGUAAUAUAUAAAUUUACAAUACUGCUUAGAAUUUUAACUUUGUACGCAAAUAUACUAACAUAUAUGAUUUAACAACCGUAAUUAUAAAACAACUAAUGUAAAACCUAAAAGGUAAAAAAUAUUUCGUGUUACGUGUUUUAAAAUUUGGUGUCAUAAAUGACUUCAUAAUUAGUUCAUGUCACUUCUUUCUGUAGAUGUAACUUGUAAUGUUGCUUGUAAACUCUUUCAUUUUGUCUGUCUAUUAAAAGGUUAUAUUUUUGUCAGAAUGAAUUAAACUUAA